AAGGUGAGAAAUUCAGAGAACUACCAGCAUGAGCGAGCAACCCCUGUUAUAACAUUAGACUAGACAAACCUGGAAAAUCAGCAUCUUUCUCUGAAAUAGAUUAGACAUAGAAUGUAGAUCCGCCCAAGGUGCGAUUGUGCCAAUUGACUCUCUAAGCUUCCUGGAUUGUGCCGGGAGCAAUCAAAACAGACCAGAGCUGCUAGUGAGCCUGUAGACAUGCUAUUUGAGCAUCGGCUGCAUAUACAUUUGCUUAAGAAUAACCUGUAUUUUUUUUGAAGCCUCGGGGGAUUUUAGAAACAGUCUCAUUAAAUGCUGCGUUGAUAGUAAGGUAGAGUUGGAAUUCUUCUAAGAUGUGUAUUUCAGCAAAGCGGGUGCGUUUUGACCUUUUUUGUGUUUAAUGCGUGGCUGUUGUUGCUAUGAGAUCUGUCGAUGUAAAUAGAGAGUUUAGGAACUUAUCGCUUCAUUUUUGAUAUUAGGUGGAAAUUAAUUCCUGUAACGUCAGAGGAUAGAUUAUGCAUGCACUGGAUUGCUUCAUCUUCAGAUGAAGAUGUACGUACAAUAGCAUGGUAGUCACGUAUAUCGUAUGGUGCCUGGAUAACAUUAGGAGCUUUUUAAAGUCCUGAAAUGCAGCUUGUUCCUUAAUAACUGAGGAUUAAAUGCAAUAAGGAAGCUUACUUCAGAAUCACAAAAUGCAGCUUUUUGUUUGGCGGAGACGGGGUGUGUUUGUGUGUAUGUGAGAGAAAAACAGGUUAAUGAAAUAAUAGAAAAUUAUCCUCAAAACUGGUAUAGGUGGAGGGAUGGGGUGAAGCAAUAUUUCCGCAAGAGUACGUAAUUUUGUGUGAUUCGCCCAUUUUGUGUCGUCUCCUUAAAAUGGUUUUCUGGGAGGAAAAUAUUUCUGAUUGCAUAUCUUCAAAUAUUCAUUUCAGUUGUUAAAGAUAAGAAGCAAUUAUCUUAUGUGUUCAGUACGAUAUGUGCCCCCCCUCCUCCACUUCUCCUAGCUGAUAAAGAAUUACGUUCGGGUGCAUUGCAUUGCAGUAUCUGGUUGACUGCAACCGCAGUGAGUGUCGGAUUAUUUAUCGUCGAGUGGAGUGUACUCAGUGCUGCCACUGUGUGGUUGAAGGAGGUACUUGACGCAGAGUGAGCUGGGGCAACCGCCAGUAUCACACACACACAUCCAAAUACACACACACACACACGCAGAACGUAGCGGGUGGUUCUCCAUUGGAAAACUCUAUUAGUAAAAAUCGGCCUUCAGUUGCCCACAUCAAGCCGUAUCGCUUUAAGGAUUCUUUUUCCGCGAGAGCUUUAAAAAAAUUACGUGGCAGACGGGAUUUGAAGGGGACACCCCGGAAAGAUGAUGUUGUUGAACUGAAUGUUUUGGCGUGGUGAAUUGGAAGGACCAGAGGAAGGGCUACUAACACGCUCAGUCUAAACAAUGGCUGGGAUUGCGAGAACUGUUUGGAUUAGCGGCUGUUAGCUAAAUGUUGCUUUCUGUUACAUCUCUGAACAUAAGAAGGAUUUGCAAGUGGAUUUAUACCUUAGGGAAACGGAGCUUUUAAGCUUAAGAGGGUAACUGCUCCCCGCACCUGUAUUCUAACUUUUGUUUGACUUAUGGCUUCGAUUGAAUGAAAGCUCGAGAGGAAAGGGGGUAAAUGGCAGCAGAGGGGAAAUCCUAAACGGGUAGUCACACAUUUUAAAUCGAUGGGUACUGCUAUAUAUUAAAAGAAAGAAAAAGUUUUGGAGUUUUGCAUUUUUUUCUUUUAAACGGGGCCACUUCAGCUGUUUACCUUGCUUCGGUUAGGAAUGUGUCUCCGGGAGCUUGUCUGGGUUCAUUUGAGAAGCUGCACUCUGUGGCAAGGCUUCUGCUUACCAGAUGUGGGUCUCAGAACCUCUAGUUGGGGAGGGGCGACUUUUUCUACUGGCAGACCUUGAUAUAUAUAUUUUUGUACAUUGGACUGCAACCAUGACAUUAUUGUUAUUAUUAUUAUUAUUACAUUGCAUCUUGCUAAAUAACCUCAUUAAGAGACCUGGUGAGCGUUGCAUGCACUUUCCUGCUUUUAAUUCUGCUUUAUUUGGUUCUUGGUGAGUAAAAGAAAAAUGAGGGAGAUUCCUUCGUUAUAUUGCGCUGAAUUUACAGACACUUCCCUGCAAUUUGUAUUUUUACUGGCUGCUCGUCUUUGCAGGAUGAUUUGAGAGUAGCAUUUUGGUUCAUUAAAACUGAUGGGAAGGGGAACCCUAGCACAACUUCCUGAAAAUAUUAAUAGAGAGUGAAGAAAUGUUUUACCUGUCCUUCAGCUGUUUGAAGUUUCCCACAUUCGAGUGCCUUGUGCAUCCUGACGUUAUAUAUCUGCACUGUAAAAAUGUUUGAAACGUGAUUUAUUCAUUUUUGUUGUUUUCCGUGAAUGGUUAGCUUCCUGCUUCUCUGCUUCUGAGUUUUCCCACCUAUACUAUCGAUUGCAUUUAUAGGUAACCUUUUAGCGGAAAGAUUGGGGAAGUCCUUUGAAAGCACUCGCCAUUAUUGGAGGUAAUCGAGAGUUCCCUGUGAAACCCCAAUGAGGGGCGCAAACAAUGCACACGGUGGGGAGGUGGGGAGAUGUUUUAACUUACUGCUGUUUUAUAGAUCCCCUAAUGGGACUCCGGAAAUGAAACACACCAGCUUACAACUGGGACAAACCUCACGGCUUUUAAGCCAACUGAGGGCUAGUUUUUAAAGCGCCCAUUCAAAAACUCGAAUCUGUGGAAGGAAGUGUAAAUCGCUACCUAGGCAAUUGUCACAGAAAAUAUUUUGUAGGCCUCUGCCCUAAAGACACUUUACUUGGGACCAAAGUCCUAAUGGGCUCAGGGGGACUUACUUCUGAGUAAACGUGCUUAGAAAUGAUCCAGAUGUAUUUAAAGAGUGGAUCUAUCAGAUGUUAGCAUUAGCACCUCUGCAACCUUAGGCCUGGGUGUACCACCUUCUUUUUAUUACCAUAAAAUUUCCACCACGUUUGUGGGGGAGGGAUUACAGUGUGGUGCUUGCUAAGUGAUGUCUGGGGGAGUCAACAACAGCCGGGUUAAAUAUAAAUAUGAAAAGGGGCAGUCCCCCCACCCACCCAAAGUACUGGCUAUAAAGAAUAUUUGUGCAGUUCGCCACGACGGGUUUCCACUCUGCCUGCCAGACUGAGACAAAAACAAGGACUAAAGCUGCAGAUAUAUUCCUUGACGGGUUAAAAAAUGCCAACAAGAAAAACAAGCCUGUUCUAGCCGGAAUGGUUCAGCCUUUUCAAAGCUUCUGAUGUCGUGUCCUCAGCUACUUUCGAGAGGAUUCCUUUGCCAAAAGCAAUAACAAAAAAACCACCCACUGCCAGCAUACAAUAACAACCACGUCGAGACAUCCUCACUUCUUUCCUGCAUUCCGAUUUACUAUUAAAAUUGUCUGGGUCAUGCUUAACAGACGAGAUUCUUUUCCUCAGCCACCAAGAGGCUCAAGGAAGAAGAAGUAUUGCAGAGAGAUUCAUCUGCGUGCGCGUGUUUUCUUACUAACCAAAUAAAACUAGGCUAAGCUGUAUAUUAUUAUUAUUAUUAUUAUUAUUAUUAUUAUUACCUGAAUCGAAACAUUUUGGGAAGCCUUGUACGACUAAGCUUAUUCUCCCUGUCCUACCCCACCCCGGACUAGGAAUAUGUGAAAAUAAUUGAAGCUUUUAAUUGAGGUGGUUUCUUUUUAAACCGGUCAGUUGAGCAGAAGUUCCCGUUUUCGAACUUGUUUGACAUUUUCUUAUUAUAUAUUUUUUCAAUUCUUAGAUACCACAUAAAUCAACCAACCGGCUGCCCUGCUCUCAUCUUCCGGGGAGGGGGGGAGGCUGAAGGGUCCUGGGGGGAGAAUCAAUGGAGAGGGGCAAUGGGGAGUUUCCUUGGGUGCUGCUUCAUAACGCCUUCAGUCUAGACACCCUAACUUCGCAGAGGUGCCUCUUUUGCUUACAGAUGCCAGCGGGCCUGUGCUCUGGGUGUCUACAAUCACCUUGAUUUAUUUAUCUAUACAACACCCACCCACUCCUAAUUCCUCUCUAGCCGUCCCCCCGCCUCCAGCUUUUUGGCACAGCGGACGAUAACCGCUGUUUGCAAGUUGCCAUCCAUCUGCCGGGCUCCGGCGGCGGCUGAGAUGCGGCGGCUGGGGGGGGGUGUUGUUUGUAACUUUGCUGGUUCGGUGGCGGCGGGUCCCAGGGGAGAAGGGCCCUCCGCCGCUCUCUCAUUGGUCGCCGAGCCAUCAGCUGGUGCUAUUUGCUGCUGUCGCUUUUGGCGCUCGGCCAGCCAGAAACAAACCACUUCGAUGACUACUAAUAGUUAUAGCCAGAUGUACUAAUACACAACAAAUCACGGUCCGGGAUCUGGGGAGCGUCAAUGAGUUCCUAUUUUGUGAAUCCCACUUUCCCGGGGAGCCUGCCUAAUGGGCAGGAGUCGUUCCUCGGGCAGAUCCCCAUCUACCCAGCUGGGUACGAGGCUCUGAGACACUUCCCAGCCUCUUAUGGGGCCGGCAGCCUGCAGGACAAGACCUACUCCUCACCUUGCUUCUAUCAACAGUCCACCAACACGGUCAUCGCCUGCAACCGGGCAUCCUAUGACUAUGGAGCCUCCUCCUGCUUCUAUCCAGACAAGGACUUGGGCGGCGCUUCCUCGCCCUCCGGCAGUGGCAAGCAAAGGGCCAGCCACCCUGGGGACUAUCUGCCCUGCUUUGCUUCUGACCAGCAGUACAAGCCCGAGAGCGGGCCGGCCAAAAUCCUAAACGAGGAAGGAACCGACCGGAAGUACAGCAGUCCUGUUUAUCCUUGGAUGCAGAGGAUGAACUCUUGCGCUGGUGCAGUAUACGGAACGCACGGCAGACGGGGCAGGCAGACCUACACCAGAUACCAGACCCUAGAGUUAGAGAAGGAAUUUCACUAUAACAGAUAUUUAACCAGGAGGCGACGGAUUGAGAUAGCGAAUGCUCUCUGCCUCACUGAGCGGCAGAUUAAAAUCUGGUUUCAAAACAGGAGGAUGAAAUGGAAAAAAGAAAGCAAACUCAUCAAUUCCACCCAGCCGGGAGAAGAAACAGAGGAAAAGUCAGGGGAGUAAAACAAUGCUUACAACGAGGCGUUGGGGGGGGGGAGUUGCCACCGUACCCUUUCAUUAGUUGCUUUUUCCAUCUCUCCUUACCCCUCCACUCAUGUUCCUCCAGGAAUAUAUAUAUAGAUAGAUAGAUAGAUAUAAUUCGUAUUGUAAUGAUUCUGACGACUUUCAAAGGCUUGAUUAAAAUAUAUACAUAUUUAUAUAUAUCUAUAUAUAUUUGCAAUUAACUGUGAAUUUCUGGAUCGGUAGAAUGAACGGACAUGGAAGGGAGUGGUGGACAUAGUCAGUUCUCCAAAGUGUAGGUUAGGAUAUGCUUCAGAUGGUAUCAAGAUUCUUAAAAAAAAAAAAAACACCAACCCACACCAAACAAACUUUGAAGUGGAGCAUCGGUGUUAAUAUGAAAGAC